AACAAAAAAAAAAAAUUAUGAGUUUUCAACGUGUCCGCAAACGUCCGCUUAAGAGAACAAGUGAAUAUGAGACCGAUAUGGGAAAGUCAGCACUUACAACUACAACAUCUUAUACAACAACAACAACAAACUCACACACAGCACCAAACGAUAGACUUCAACGCAGCAUAUUAAGCGACAAACUUGAUGCGCUUCGCGUACAACAACAACAACGUCAACAUGAACAAAUUCUAGCGACAGCGUUAUUAGCCACAACUUGUUGCCGCGACAAGAACUGUUUUUUAAACGCAACAUCAACUAAAGACUUUAAUGCAAUAAGGGAAUCAUUGACACCGUCACCUUCCACAAAGUGUUCGCAUCGAUCCUCUUCAUGUCUGUCUCAAAACAGCGUCAGUUCUAAUGCCUCCAAUAAUUCGACAUCAUCCGGUCGCAGUUCAUUGCCAUCAACACCUCUACUUAAUUCUACGCCAAUGUCAAAGUCUAUACGGGAAAUAUCAACUGAUUCUGGUGUAGAUAGUGAGAAUACUUAUAAACGUACUAUCCAUCAGUCGGAACGUUUUACCAUUAGUAUAAACUUAGACUUGAUAAGUUGGGCGUUGUUUUUUUUUGCAUUCCUCACGCGAUUCUAUAAACUCUCCACACCCGCUAAUGUAGUUUUCGAUGAGUUACAUUAUGGCAAAUAUAUAUCUUUGUACAUAAGAAAUAUAUUUUUUUUCGAUCAACAUCCGCCAUUAGGUAAACAACUCAUAGCUGCUGUAGCUGGUCUGACCAGCUAUGAUGGAAAUUUCACUUUUACGCGCAUUGGUUCUGAGUAUACCACAAAUGUACCGAUAUUUUGGUUACGCUUUGUACCGGCAAUGUGCGGUAGUUUACUUGCCCCAGCUAUAUAUAAGCUAUUGCUAGAAUCACAAUUGAGCCGAGUUACCGCAUUACUGGGUGGACUUUUAAUAGUAUUGGACAAUGCAUUACUAACACAGUCUCGUUUUAUCCUAAUGGAAUCAAUACUUUUACUUUUCACCGUACUUGGCCUAUAUUUUCUGCUAAAAUUUCAACGUAGUCGUUUCGGUGGACCACGUUGGCUAAUCUUUGGCUUUACAUCCGCAUCAUUCUUCGCAUGCUCGGCAAGCGUGAAAUAUGUUGGUGUACUCUCUGGAAUAUUAGCAGCUUAUUUAAUGUGUUGCUACCUCUGGAACUUACUGUAUGAUGCAACGAUCACAAAUGUACAACUAAUACUGCAAACACUGAGUCGUAUAGUCCUAUUUGUUUUUGUACCAAUAUGCAUAUAUAUAUUUAUAUUUUAUAUACAUUUACACACAUUGCAUAAAGCCGGCCCACAUGAUAGUGUUAUGACAAGCGCUUUUCAGGCUUCAUUAGAUGGAGGAUUGGCUUCUAUUACACGUGGCCAACCAUUAAAAGUGGUACAUGGCUCUCAAAUAACUUUACGACAUACACAUGGACGCACAUGUUGGCUACAUUCACAUGCUCAUGUAUAUCCGGUACGAUAUCCAGACAAACGUGGUUCUUCACAUCAGCAGCAAGUUACAUGCUAUUCCUUUAAAGAUGUUAACAAUUGGUGGAUUGUUAAACGACCAGAAAAAGAAGAUCUUCUUGUAGAUAGCAGCCCAGAUGAAAUACGACAUGGUGAUGUUAUUCAAUUAGUGCAUGGUAUUACAAGCAGAGCACUUAAUUCACAUGAUGUAGCUGCACCAUUGACACCAAUUUGUCAGGAAGUCUCCUGUUAUAUUGACUAUGAAAUUAAUAUGAAAGGAGAGCUACUGUGGCGGGUUGAAAUUCUAAAUAGAGAAACGAUCUUAACGAAAUUUUUUAGCUACAAUAAGUACACAAAAAUAUCUUUUCCGACAGAUAUCAAGAAAUUAUAA